CAGGGAGCGGGCUUUGGCUCUUCAUUCUGUGGUGGAAAUACCGUUGUGCAAACUGGCGGCUGAUACAAAUGACUCCUGGAUGUUCCUUCAUUUGCAUCCGCGUCCUUACGAUGUGCCACGUUACCUGCUGCAAAACUGGCGGGUGUGAGGCAAUCCGGCUCUGGCUCUUUGUCUGACCCAUGCAGCUUGGUCAACCACGCGGGCAAGCAAAGGCGCACUCAUCAAUCCGAGUGCUUUCCCGAUACUAUAUAGCUUUAUCAACGCCUAUAUCUACGUAAAUCCUCAAGAGUGGACCGUGACUUGGACAUGCGGCCCCGACUUCUUCCUGUGUUGACUUCACGCCAUGUUGAACCGUCUAUGAAAUAGCAUGUUUCUUAGCUGUACGCUGCUUCGAAUCCCCUCUGUCCAUUGGCGGAGUGAACGACGACCACCAACACGACAGCAAAAUGCCAGGAAAAGUUCAUGAAUCAAGGGUGCUCAAUACUCUUAAUCACUUGAGCAAGCUCAAGGAGGUCCGCAUCCUGGGCCCCACGCCAAACGACCUUAUAGCGGAGGCUUUUGAGCACAAGGCGCAGGCUAGUCACGAGGCGCUCCGAUGGAAGGCGCAGCACCUGCAGGACACCGCCAACGAGGCCCGCGCCUCGCACCGCUUCCUGCAUGUGGGCCUGCCUGCUCAGCAGCCAGUCCAUCAGGGCGGCGACCCCAUGCUAUCAGAUGACGACGAGGAUGAGCGAGGCCACAUGCCAGCCUACCAGCUAGGGGUGGAUGCCUUCAGCGACGACGAGGCGUCAGACUCACAGCCCGCGAGCGAGGCCGGCGCGGCACCGGGUGCGGCAACGGGUGCGGGUGCCGGCGCUGGCGGUGACGCUGAGGAGGAAUCGGCCGGUGGAGCGGCCACGCGUGCGUCCGGACCACUCAUGCGGCUAAUGACGGUGCGGCCGGCGGCCCUGCAGGCGCUGCAGCUGCCGGUGGGCUUGGAGGGCGGGGCAGGGCCCAACAGCGAAGGCGCCGCCGCCUCACCCGCCGGCAUCUCCACGCCCACGCGCUCCCCCGCUGUUUCGGGCAAGCUCCCGGGUCUGCGCCUGGGCGGUGCCAGCCGGGUACAGGCCAGCUCCGCAGAAGGCAACACGGGGCCGGCCAGUACGAGCGGCGGCCCCGGGAGGAGCGGCGCGGCCCCGCUGGGCGGCGCUGAGCUGUUGGGCUGGAGCGGCGCCGCGGCAGGCGGCGGCUUCGGUGCGGGUGUGCUUGCAGGUGGCAGUGGCAGCAUGGCGUUUCUAACUCCCAACGAAAUGGGGGAGGGCGGGCCGCGCUCCCCCGUGAUCCGCAGCAGUGUGCCCGGCUCGCUGCCGCCCGCGCCCACCUGCCAGGCGCUGAUCAUCGCAGCGGCCAGCCGCCGUUCCGGGACUGGAUACAUCGCGGUGCCGCCCGCCCCCGCCGCUGUGACGGCUUCCUUGCUGGGCGGUGGCCCCAUCGGCACGGGAGGCAGCGGCGUGGCGCCUGUGUCCAUCAGCACCAUGUUUGCAGCGUCGCCAGGGAGUGUCGCAGCCAGCAGCUCCUGCGCAUCAGCACCGCUGCCCCGCCUCUCCCUCAACCUGGACCGGCACUCGCCCGCGGAAGCGGCAGCUCACAAGGCGCUGGUAUUGCCACUGCCGGGCGGCGGCCGUGGCGCCAACCGCCUCAAUGCGCUGGACGUCCCGCCCUCCGCCGUAGCCAACAUCACGCCGCCCGCGUUCGGCGGGGAGGAGCGCGCCGGCAGCCGCAGCGAGAGCCCCUCUCACCAGCUACUCAACUACACCGCGCUGAGCUCGAAGACCGGAAGCAGCCCUUCAGGCUUGCGGCUGUCUAUUACGGGAGGCGAGGACGCCGUUCGUGGAGGGCAUUUGGCGCCACUGCCAGGGCCGGCUUCGCGGUUUGCGCCGGCGGCGCCCGUGGUGGCCCUGCCGAACCUGCCGUCCCCAGCUGGCCGCGCCUCUGGGUUGCCCAGCCUGAACGCGUGAGGUGGCUGGAUCCGAGGCGGCGGUCAUCCAGGAUGCAGCUCUGGGGCAAAGGGCUGGGCUCUGAGCUGGGCUCUGGUAAAAUGAGGCAUGGCCAUUGUACUAAUACGGAAAGUUCUGUAAUGUCCAGGGGCGCCGGGUAUUAGGCUGAUGCACAUGCUGCCCUGUGCUGCCAGACAAGCACGAAGAACGGAACUCAAUGCAACAUGGAACUUCGAUGGACACAAUGUCAUGUGGGUGGGAUGCGUUCCAGCGCAAUGCCGUGGGCUUAUUUUGAGGGACGCUGAGGGCGAGCCCGCCAUGGCACAUGAUGCAAGCAGGUGCAGAGCAGUUGGCUCGCGUGUCGCCGUUCUUACGCAUGGGCGUGUGGACAAAACGAUGAAUCACAUGACGCAUGUGAGUACCGGUUUACGGCAAGGCACUACGACAGGCCAGAAGUGACGCAGUGAUGCAUUGCCUGGAUGCAGGACUUGAGCAAAAUUAACAUGUUGCAGUCGGUUUCUUCGCAUGCGACGCCGACGUUACCGUAUGUCUCGAUGCACAUCCUAAGAAUGCCAGACCGCAGGAGACGACACAGUAGACUGGGUGGUGAGGCCAAUGAGGUGUGCGGGGGGUACUCUGACCCGCUCUGACCAGGGGACCCAGGGUUCUGGCGGUGGAGUGUGGACCCUUGACUCUCAGACUGGCCAUGUAUAUGCAGGCGCAAAGUCGCAGAUCGGGACUGCAGAUGUCAUGAACCGUUCGACAGGUGCGCAUGGCCCUUCCUUAAGCGGGGCCGGGCGCCUGCCCAGUCCAGCCGAGGGUGCCAAUGUAAUUGAACAGCGGUACCAUACAUUUCAACCUUGGGAUGCCGCGGUUAUGCGUGAGGCAUACAGAAGCUCGUGGGUUGGUUACGAGUUCACACCGAUUGGUAAAGGGAACAACCGAUGAUAACCGGUAG